AGGGUUCGAAUCGAUCGUACUCGUCGCGUGGGACAAGAGGAGGUGGCCAUGGCAGCGACGCCGCUCCCUCCGGCGAUGCAAGGAGGUCCUCCGCAGGAAGUGGGGAACCCCGGCGUCGUCGCUUCUGACGGGAUGCCGCAGCCUCCGGGGACCGACAUGACCGGGAUAUGCUUCCGCGACCAACUCUGGCUCAAUACUUACCCCCUCGACCGCAACCUCGUCUUCGACUACUUCGCCCUCUCUCCCUUCUACGACUGGUCCUGUAACAACGAGCAGCUGCGGUCUCGGUCCAUUCACCCGCUCGACCUCUCCCAUCUCUCGAAGAUGACGGGGACGGAGUACGCGCUGAGCGAGGUGAUGGAGCCGCACCUGUUCGUGAUCCGGAAGCAGAAGAGAGACGGGCCGGAGAAGAUCACCCCCAUGCUCACCUACUACAUCCUCGACGGAUCCAUCUACCAGGCGCCGCAGCUUGCUAGUGUCUUCGCGUCACGGAUUGGAAGGGCGCUGUAUCAUAUAUCGAAGGCCUUCAAUACCGCAGCCUCGAAAUUGGAGAAAAUUGGUUAUGCUGAUGCUGAAAACGAAGAGCCCAACUCAGAAUCAAUUAAUGGAAAGGAGGCAAUUGACCUCAAGGAACUGAAACGAGUUGAUCAUAUUCUUGCCACCUUGCAGCGCAAGGAAAUAUCUUCGAAUUCUUGGAUAAUGCAGCUGCCCCCAGCUCCUCCACCGCCGCCAUUCCCUGAGGGGUAUGCUCCAUCGGAGAUGGAGAAAGACUUGGAGAAACGAGCUUCAGAGCAGCCAACAUCUGUUGACCCAAUAAUUGACCAAGGUCCUGCGAAAAGAACUAAAUUUUGAGGAGCAUUAUAUUGCAGUUUCAAUUGAUGUAUUGUCAUUAUAGAUUUAUUUAUGAAUUUGAAACAACAUCGUGAUGGGUGUCCCAAGUUAUCAUUUGUUCCAUACCACAAGUGGCGGCCAUUUCUUGUCAUGUAUUUCCCAUGAUGUAAAAUUCUUUUCACCUAUAGAUUAAGAAAUAGUUUCUUACCUGGUCAAUGAGAGUUAAA